CUGCUGACGUUCCUGCCAUACUACGACUGGAGCAUUUUGGAGCCACUUCGAACGAGCGGCGUUGUGUUUGAUAAUGAGAAGCACAUUGCCAACAUUCCAAUUCCAAUCUGGAUCCUCCAUGCUCAGGACGACGGCGUUGUUCCUAUUACGCUGGGGCUUGAGGUAUGGAUGCAAAGACUCUACUCGGCAGCUAUGAGAACAAGAUCAAAGAAGGCGCCGGAAGUCAGAUUUUUUGACUUUGAAGACCAUUAUGGCUACGGACAUAACUAUAUUCACAAGUCUCAGGAUUUACCAAUGAUCCUCAGAGAAUUUGUCAAAGCUGCAAGAUAUAGCAAGUAA